CGAUCAUGCGCUUCCAAGGUUCCGUUCGAAAAUCCAGAAAGUUUGGCUCAAUGUUCUUCUAAAAGUUGAUCGUGAAUUUACGUUGUUCUUAGCUUGAGCUCACGCUGCAGUGCUCACAUCCGCCGUCGCCCUAUUGAACAUACCUCAGGCGGCAACGACUAUUGUCCUCGUGCGGUCCCUGGAGUCGACUGUCCACCAAACACUUCGUUGUGUUUGGUCAUAUUGAGCUCUCCACGACCUAUUUGCACAGCUUCGAUGAUGGUGUUCCUUGCGAUUUGUCGCGCUAUCUACGACUACCAGGCACAAAGUGAUGAAGAGCUGGACAUUAAGGAGGGCGACCUCCUCUUUGUGCUAGAAAAGAGCACCGAAGAUGCUUGGUGGAAGUGCAAAAAGAAGGCAGCAGACGAUGAUGAAGAUGAGCCGGAAGGACUUGUGCCAAAUAAUUACGUGGAGGAGGCAAAGCCCCUUCACCGGGCAAAAGCUCUAUACGACUACACCAAGCAGACCGAUGAGGAGUUGAGCUUCAAAGAGGAGGCAGGAUUAGACGUUUACGACGACUCGGAUCCAGACUGGACCCUCGUCGGUAGUCACGGAGAGUACGGCUUCGCACCUGCAAUAUACAUCGAGAAGAAUGCCGUCCCGACGGCGACGCCGAUCAGACGCGAACUGUCACCUGCACCACCACCAAUGCCUGCGAGACCUCAGGCUGCCGACGAGCCAAUACCAGGCGCGGCAGACUAUCCAGGACCAGGUAGCGCGCAUGCUACUUCGGAAUAUCAAGCGGAAGAAACCCCUGCAACGCAACUUGCUGGAAUUAUUGCGCAACGAACGGGUGGGGCUCCACGUGAGCUUGCAUCACCCCCGAUGCCCAGCCGGCGACAAGAGACACCCACUGGCAGUGACGAGGAGGCCCCUUUGCCAUCGCUCCCGACGCGACCCAUUUCCCAGGCCUCACCAAUCGCAGCUGCUCCAGUGCACCUGACGUCCCCAAGACCUGCAGAAUCGCCCGGCGUCUUACCCUCUCCGCCUUUCAACCGAGCCACGCACACUCACUACGAUGAGAAUCACGUUCAAACUUCAACCGGUGGCUACCAUCUCUACAAUAUCCACGAGAUGAUCUCGCACAUGGGGAAAAACAAAAAGAUGCCCAUGACCCUGGGGAUCAACAUCGCCAGAGGGCUCAUUUCGAUCAGCCCCGAAAAGAGCAAGGAUGGACCAGGAAAGGAGUGGACUGCAGAGAAGCUUACACAUUACAGCAUUGAAGGCAAACAUGUCUUCGUUGAGUUGGUUAAGCCGAGUAAAAGUGUUGAUUUCCAUGCUGGUGCAAAGGAUACUGCUCAGGAGAUUGUGGCUGCACUGGGCGAGCUUGCUGGCGCAGUAAGGCAGGAGGGUUUGAAAGAGGUUCUGGCCGCUAGCGCAGGAACUGGCGCUGCUGGUAAGAAGAAAGGAAAGAUGUUGUAUGAAUUUAUGGCCCAGGGCGACGACGAGGUCACCGUUGCCGUGGACGACGAAGUCAUUGUGCUGGACGACGCCUCAAGCGAAGACUGGUGGAAAGUACGUCGGCUCAAAAACGGCAAGGAAGGUGUUGUGCCAUCUUCCUACGUCGAGGUCACUGGCUAUGUCCCCGGAGGAUCAGAAACCAUCGAGGGCCUAGACACAGCACGGAGUACUGUAGAACAGAACCGCCUUGAAGAACAACGCCUCACGAAGGAAGCUGCUCGUAGGAGCAAGGCUGACGAAGUGGGUCCCGGAGUUUCUUUGCCUGAACGAGGCAGCAGCCUGGCCUCCGAUACACGACGCACUUCAGCACGCGGCUCUGAGAAACGAAGCACCAAAGAUGCGCCCAAGAGUAAACCGAACGAGGCCAAAGUCAGGACAUGGACUGAUCGCAGCGGCACCUUCAAGGUGGAUGCUGAAUUCAUCGGGCUGCGCGAAGGGAAAAUCCAUCUCCACAAGAUGAAUGGUGUCAAAAUCGCCGUGCCCGUAGCCAAAAUGGCCGUCGAGGACCUCGAGUACGUCGAACGUGCCACCGGAGCGAGCCUCGACGAGGAUAAGCCACUUUCGGACAUUAAGCGGCGAAGCACUCUACGAUUGAAAGAUUCAGACAAGUCAAGGGCAACAGCUGGCGCAAGCAUUGAAAAGAACGAUUACGACUGGUUUGACUUUUUCCUGCAGUGCGGUGUCAAUCCUCAAAUCUGUGAGAGAUACGCCGGCGCCUUCUCUAAAGACCAGAUGGGCCCUGAGAUUUUGCCCGACGUGAACGCUCAGCUAUUGCGCACACUUGGUCUCAAGGAGGGCGACAUCCUGCGAGUUCUGAAACACCUCGACACCAUGUUUAGUGGCAGAAAUGGUGCAUCGGCCAGUGGAUCUGCUGAGGACGCUGGGGGGUUAUUUUCAGGUCCUGGGGGAGCCCUGAAGAACAACACUAGAAAGGGUAGACCUGCUCCUGCCAUUCAAACCAACGAUGUCGUUGACGGGAAUGCGUUCAAGCAAGCCCCCGGAGGCGCAGCCACAUCCGCAGGGGCUAAGACGACAUCUACUACAUCGGGGAUCAGCGCAUCAGCAGGCGGGUUCGACGACAAUGCCUGGGAUGUGAAGCCAUCCAAAUCUCCGCAGACAGCAACUCCCGUGUCGGAGCCAGCGCCAGCACCGACGCCAGCACCGGAACCAUCAAAGCCUAAAGUGAAUGAUGACAUAGCACUCCUGUCCAUAUCAGCACCGCCAUUGCAACCAACACCAGCAGCUCCCGUUCAAGCAAACACUGCACAAACUCCAGCUGGCCCGCCGAUCGCAGCUCAGCCAGCUCCUGGUGCGAACCAAGCCAUUUUCGACAAGAUUGCAGCUUUGGCACCUGCAACACAACAGCAGCCGAUGCAGACUGGGUACCAACAGCCCAUGAUCCAACCUCAGCAGACCGCCGCACCUCGACAACGACCCAUCCCCCCUAUGCAGCAAGUCGCUGCUGGGGCUUUGAACAUGCCACCGCCUCCUCGCUCAGCAUCUGCACCAGGAUACCCACCACAAUCCUCUUUUGGAACCAUGCCCUUGCAGCCACAGAUGACCGGUUGGCAAGCCCCGCAGCCUACGGGCUAUCAGCAGCCUCAACCUACAGGCUUUCCCCAGCAAUUGUCCCCGGUGGGCAUGCAGCAGCCUCCGAUGCUCCCGCAACAAUCUCCCGUUCAAAUGAUGCAACAGAAUUAUCCGCCCUUGCAGCCACAACCGACCGCGUUCCAGCCCCAAUCUCAAUUUGGACAACAGCAAGCGCAGCAAUAUGGUAUACCUCAGCAGCCUACUUACCAACAAGGACUCACGAACGGACAGCAGCAGCCAUCACCAUUUGUGGACCCCCCGCGACAGCCCUUCACGCCUGCGGCCUCGGGCCUGCCUACCUCUUUUGUGCCUCAGCCAACAGGUUUCCAACCGUCAUUCAAUAUGUCGCAGCCUACUGGUGUUACUGGCUACAACGUACAACCAUUGCAAGCAGUACCGCAGCUUCCACCUCAACAGACGGGCGGUGUUUUUGGACCCUCGCAGCCCUUGGGUUUGCAAGCACCUGCUAUGCCUCUCGUCCCGCAGCGAACCGGCCCAGCGCCGCCGGUCAGAUUCGGAGUACAGCCUGGAGCCAAGCCAUUGGUGGCACAGCCGACCGGUAGAGCCAAUCUUUCUAAAGCGACACCACAAAAUCCAUUUGGUUUCUGAGAGCAAUACAGGACGAUCUUUCCUUCUAGCCUUGCAUGGAGUGUACAUUUGGUUCUUUAGAAAGGUUUUUCCUCAUGUUCAAUACCCACCUAUGCAAGUUCAUCAUAUAUUAUGACUGGUUCGUUGAUAGUCUAGCCUUUGCAGGACAACUGAUAGAAAGUGUCCUGGCCAUGGUGCAUGUUAUUUCUCACCCGAAGUGGGGCGCAUAUUGCGGGUAGAUCCUUUUUGUCUCGCGUUUGAGAAGCGAAUGACGUGCACUGGAUUUCAUGUGGCUUCAAGCAUAAUACUGGUGGGGAUAAAUUCUUACAGUAAAUGAUCAUUUCUCUAUCAAUGCUACAUUAUAGAGGUUGGCAGCAUUGAGAACAUGUCGGACAUACAAAUAUAUCUCCUCGAA